AUGGCCGAUCCAGAAGAUUUGUCUCUUGCGGGAGACGUGGACUCGGACAAUGGCGACACGAUAAACGAUGCGCCGGAGGAGGCUGGUGUUGGUCUUGUUGGUGGUGGUGCUGUUGGUUCACUCGACUCGGACGACGAUGAGCCAGAUCAUCAUUCAGCACCUGUCACUAUAGAGAACGGAUCCGUGACGAAUCGAUUCCGCGAGAUUAUGCAGCAGCAGCAUCAGGAUGGUUCGGAUGUGAGCUCUCUCGCAGACAGCUCCUUUCAUGGGCUUCCGAAGCGAGCCGGGAGUCCGAUCGACUCGGUCUUAUCGGGACCUGAUGAUACUCCAUCGAUCCAGGGUUCCUUUAUCUCUUCACCUGGCAGCAGUAUUCUCCCAUCUGUAGCCUCGCGCCCAGGCUUGAGUAGUCCCUCGCCUUCAUUCAGACCGUUCGACCGUCGAUUCCAAUCCCGCAUCUCCUCAUCCGCCAACCACACACCUCGCUCCUCAUCACCAGGCUUCCCCUUUCUUUCCAGCCAUAGUCGUAAUGUCUCUCUCAGCUCUCAAUUCCUCCUCGACCAAGCCGAUCUCGAAACACCAACGCCACCAUGGGAGGUGGUGCGCUGGACUAGGCUGCGGAAGCUGAACAGUCAUGCUUUUUCUGAAGCGGGAAAGCGAAACUUUGGGUCGCCGACGUGCCUUGCUGUGUCGGCGACGAUAGUGUUGGGAACCUCCAAGGGAAUAAUACUUGUGUUUGAUUAUAACCAAAACUUGAAAAUGAUCAUUGGCCCAGGAACCAAAGCCGUCGAGUCUGGACCGAUCACCGCCAUCGCCGUCUCUGCUGACCACACCACGAUUGCUGGAGGACAUGCAAAUGGCAACAUCUUUACAUGGGACACGAGCCGCGCAUCGAGGCCGUUCUUGACUAUCCCACACUUGGACCCUUCACAUCUCACUAACCGCACGGCUGAUGGUCAUAUGCCCGGUGUUUCAGUCACACACCUUGGGUUCCUAGGAACUCGGCACACGGCUCUUGUUUCAGCCGAUGAUCGUGGCAUGGCGUUCUCGCAUUUGGCGACUCGGGGGACUGGCGCACUUGGACGAACUGUCAAGACGCACAGGAUUCUUGGCCGCUACCCAGAUGCGCCAACUCCUGCAGGGAAAACAGUCAAGCCCAGCACGGUUCUUGCCUUUGCGCCUCUGCCCCUGGGCAAUGUCGAGUGCUCGACCGAUGCGCUAGGUUUGACGGCCAUGUUGACGCCUUAUCUCCUGGUCAUUGUCUCGACCACUCCUGUGGCCCAAACCCAACAUAAGUCAGCACGCCCCAAGGAUGUUCCGCCGCACAGUGCUAUGACGGGCUGCUUGGCCUGGUUCCCAGCUGUCAAGCUAAAGGUUCCAGAUCCUCAUACCGGCAGCGACAUUUCCAAAGUAAAGCUCGCUUAUUGCUGGUCGAAUAUCCUCACGGUGUUGGAUGUGGACGAAUAUCCCCGUGAAGAUAAGGACCAGCCUGCCUCGUACAGGUUCAAGGCGCGAAGUCGAUGGAAGUGCGAGGAGGCAAUCGUUGCGGUGCAGUGGCUAAGCCGAUCAGUGCUUGCAGUCCUCACCAUCUCACAGAGGAUGAUUGUUCUUGAGGAUAGAAGCAUGCGCAUGACAGAGGCUUUUGACCUGCUGCAAAAGUACAUUUAUCACACCGACCUAUUCUCAAAGCAGCUGCAUACUCUCGUCGAGCAGCUGGAUGAAAACGACUCGACCAUGCAUGGAGUUGUUGCCGAUGCGUUCUACAUGAGCUUCAAGGCAUACAAGGGGAGGAUAUUCACUCUCGGCUUCAACGAAGUGUCAAUUGGUGCACUCUCAAACUGGGCGGAUCGACUUAUUGCCAUGAUGGAGAAUGGUGACUACAUUGGUGCCAUUCAGCUGGCGACCUCAUACUAUACUGGCGACGCCGACAAGCUCACCGUGGGGUUGCCUGAGGACCCCGUGUUGCGCCAUUCUAUGGUUCGAGACAAAAUCAUGGAGAUCAUCAGCGCUUCAUUGAAAUAUGCCUUUGGGCAACGUGCAAAAAAUCCUGAAACGUAUAACGACGAGCAUAUGAAGCAGCUGGCGGAGACAUGUUUCGCCGCCUGUCAGAGCAUUGACAACACAGACUACCUCUUCGAGGACAUGUAUGAUUGGUACGAUGACGCCGAGAUUGGUGGCAUCUUUCUCGAGUGCCUUGAGCCCUGCAUCCUCGAAAAGACCAUCUCGAUUGUACCUCCUACGGUGGUCAAAGAUAUGGUUUCUCACUAUGUCAGUCGAGGAAUGGAGAGUAGGCUUGAGGAGAUGAUCUGCCACAUGGAGACGGCAACGCUUGACCUGGAUCAGGUAACUCUCCUGUGCAAGCAGCACAGCUUGUAUGAUGCUCUCAUCUAUGUCUGGAACCAGGCCCUCGGCGACUACAUCACUCCUAUGAUCGAUCUCCUCACUCUGUUAAUCCCGCUCAUGGUGGAUGGAGACUUUGCAGCGAACAACCCGGCGGAUGACUUUUUCAGUAUCAACGCCUUCAAAAUGUUCCCUUACCUCUCUUACACCCUGACUGGGAGAGUGUAUCCGAACGAGGAGCCGAUGAGCGACGAGGUGGCGAUCAAGGCAAAGGCUGAGAUUUACUGGUUUCUUUUCUCGGGAAGAACUGUCACUUGGCCCAGAGGUAGCGGACAAGAGUUCCGCACCAUCCCCAAUGCCGACUCGCAGCCUUCGUUCCCAUACCUUCGCAUGAUUCUGAAGCUUGACGCGCCCAGUUUCUUGAGUUCGUUGAACGAAGCAUUCGAGGAUCCAUUCUUGAAUGACUCGAAUGACAUGUACAUGAAUGGGGGGACCAAGGAUCUGCCUGAGGAGCUGAUCUUUGGACAGACCAUAAACCGGCAGUACGUGCUGUCGAUUCUCCUGGAUGUCAUGAACCCUGAUGACUUUGCUCCCGAGGACACCAUCUAUCUCGACAUGUUCAUUGCACGAAAUCUCCCCAAGUUUCCCCAAUACCUCCUAUUCUCGGGCACGACACUCUCGCGCGUACUUACUGGGCUCUGCAAUUACCCCGGGCAUGACCUGGCAGAGGAUGCUCAGCUCAGCGCCGAGUAUCUUUUAUCUGUCUAUCAUCCAUCAGAUAUGCCGGAUCUGAUGCCAUUGUUCAAGAAGGCAGGGUUCUAUCGCAUUCUGAAGCGCAUCUACAAGACUGACAAGCAAUACGGCAAACUUGUUCAGACUUAUUUCGAGGACCCAGAAGAGCAGGAAUUGGUGUUUGAAUGCCUCGCCGAUUGCCUACGGCCUCAAGCGGGUUUGAGCGCUCGCCAGGUCAACGAGGUUCUUGCUGUUGUCAAGGAGCAUGCUCGAGAUCUGCUUGAUCUCGGCGCCGAUGACGCGGCAAAAACGUUUGUUGCCCAAGAACUGGAGCUUCAUCAACACAUCCUCGAUUCGGCAGAAGAUGCGCAAGACUUGCAGCAUACGUAUCUGAAGACUCUGUUAGAACCUGAGGAGGCAGCGCCAGAAGACAAAGCGACGGCCGCUCGUGACCUUGUCGAGCGAUAUGUUCAGCUAAUGUGCAAAUUUGAACCGGCUCAUGUGUCAGACUAUGUCGGCCUAGUGCAGUCCACCAACUUGAGGCUGGAGAAACUGCUCCCAACGAUGGAGGAGACAGGCGUGAUUGACGCAGCUGUUGUUCUGAUGGCACGCGAGGGCCAGAUCAAGGACGCUAUGGAGCGACUGGUCAAGCACCUCGGAACUUUGGAAUCGGCCAUACAAGGCCUCUUGGCCGGCGCCGCAGACCAAGACAAUGGGCAAGCUCUUGGAUACGCUGCAGAGGAUUUGCUGCAAGGCCUCCAGAAGUAUGUGCACGUCGGUAUCUGGCUGUGUCAAGGUCAGACCAAGUCUUCGUCGAAAAAGACAAAGGUGGUGCAGAAGUCGAAAGCACCAAAGUCGGCAAUCGAGGCACUAUCACCUGACGAGGCUCUCUGGCUGAGUCUGAUCGACGCUUGUGUCCAGAUCACCAAGAAGCUAUCUCCAGCAAUCAGCUCUGCCGCAGACCUCACCAGCAGUGACGACAGCUUUGACGAGGAGAAGCUGGUCGCCCUUCUCCGCUCGCUCGUUCAGCACACGUUCACGUCGUUGCUCACCGCGACUUCGAGUCAGAAUACGUCUCAUCCAGGUUCCAAGCUCUUGUCGAAUGCAGGAUCUAAUCUGUCCUUUCUUCGCAUUCUCCGGGCUUUCCUGACACAGGCGGCUGCUUCGUCACCGAACCUGGCCGAUCUCCGAGCCGUCCUCGCGUCCAUAUUCUCAGCGUAUGCAUAUGAGGAGUCAAUUCUCGGGCUGUCAAAUCGCCUUCUUGAGCGCAGUCUGUUUGUCAAUGUCAAGGAAUCAGUGGAGCUUCGACAGCGAGGUUGGCGACCCAGGGGAUCCACGUGUGAAGCGUGCCACCGAAGAGUCUGGGGUCCUGGAGUUGCUGGUGCGGCGGUAUUUGAGGCAUGGGAAGACAAACAGGCGAUUGAAGAGGAGAGGAGAAAGGAGAGACAGGCUGACGCGGCAGAGCGAGCCAAGGGUAAUGCUGGAGAAUCAGACCCCAGGUCUAAGGGCAAGGGAGUCGACAUGAGACCAUCGAGCAUGCUUAUUGAAGCAAGCAGCGGUACCGUGAGCGGCACUAAGGACAAGCCGAUGGGGCCACUGGUGGUGCUAGCGUGUCGACACGUCUACCAUCAGAGCUGCCUGGAUGAGCUGCAGGAGCGCCAGGAGAAUGGAGUUGUUGGGGGGGAGAGGGAGUAUAGAUGCCCGAUUGAUGGGAAUGGUAGUGAAGAUAAGCUUCCGGGGAGGCCCAACAUGUCCCUCAGCUCCGACGAAGAGGACGAGAUCCUCGGCGAUAACCAGAGCGCUAGCUCGUCUGGUGAAGACUCUCCCCCGCGACAACUAUCGCAGAAUCUGUUUGCGCCGCCUUUCUACGGUCGUCCUCCUACGCCUCUCCCCCCUUCGCCAUCGCUCACAUCCCUCCUACGGCCGUCACGACCUACGACUCCAGAUGCAUCCGAUGACGAUGCAAUGGCGCCUGUGCCGCGCGCGGCGCCGAAAGUACCCACGUACGAAUACUACGGCUUUGUGCUGUACCUCUUCAGUAGCUUGACGUUCCUCAUCUACCUACUCUGGGGCUACCUCCCAUCGCCGUUCCUACACGCUUUGGGCAUUUAUUACUACCCGAACCGAUGGUGGGCAUUAGCGAUCCCGGCUUUUAUCGUCAUGACGGUUGUAUACAUCUACGUCGCACUGGCGGCAUACAACACCGAGAUGCUGACAGAGCCGCUCUCGAGCGUCGAGACCAUCGUCGACGGCGCGGGCAAGCUGGCAGAGAUUGACGCUAAGGGAAGGCUGCGUGGGGGAAGGAACCGCGAGCGCAAGGUUGAAGGGAAUGGGAAGCUGAGGUGGCGCGAGAUUUGGAGCGAGGGGACGGACGCUGUCAUGGAUAUUCCGUUGGCUGGUGUUUGUGAGGUGCUGUAUGGGGAGGGGAGGGAGGAGGAGGAUGGGGAAUAUGCAUACGAGGACCAGUCAUGA